GUUAUCGCCAAAGGCACUUCAGAAUCCAGAGUGGCAGCUGCCAACCUCUUACUUCACUACUGGCCAUUUCCGAAUCCACACAUAAUACACAGGAAAACUAUACAGUAUAAAGUUCACGCUUGGCAAAGGAUUGCUUGUCAGUCGACAACUUGCACCGAUAAAUCUCCUGCUAUGACCCAGUUAUCUGCGCUGACGUCGCCGACACGUCGCCACCGGUGUUUCCUCUGUCGAAGAUGUGCUGACAAUGUCGUCGCCGAGCGUAAGGCACCUAUGAGGAUUCUUACACAACCCAUGCAGGCCAGCAGUGCUACGUGCCAGAAUAAGGACUGCCAGUCACAAUCGCGUCUUGCGGUCGGAAUUUGUUUCUCGCACGAAUGUACCAGGACGCACAACUUCGUCCCGAUGCGGCUGUGCCAGGAAUGCAUGACAAUCCUCCAUAACAACUGCGAGACACCGCAUUUGGUUCAUCGUGGCUCGGGUUGCGUGUGGGGUCAGGCUGUUAUGUGGGGCACCGUAGAAAGCAUCGUCAAACUGUUACGUACUGAAGGCGAAGGCAAGCGACCAAAAUGGCUUCGUCAGCUGGAAGGUGGUCAUUCGCUUGGCAAAGAAAUCGACACGAUGGCUGAUGAACGUCGAAUGCUCAGUCGAUUUGGUGUCUGGAUGAUGGCCGCCCUAUGUCCACCCAACGCGAAUGCAGAUCAGAAAGCGAUCUCAUAUAUUAUGAAUAACGUGUUUCAAUGGUUUGCAACAACAGCGCUGCUGCCGAAUGACAGCAUGGGAGCGAGUCUGGAACAGCUGAAAACUGAUUUUGUUUGCGAUUGGAUCAAUAUGGCGAUCAGAGUUCAUUAUGGAGUUUUCAUCGAUGCUUUGUCACCCGGUCCAGAAGAAGAAGGCCGUCAUUUCGAGCAAACCAAGGAAGGAUUGGCACGGCUACUGGCUUUGAUGCCGUACGAUGUGUAA